AUGUCGACCCACCCUCUCGAAGGCCUGGACCUAGGUCCAACCAAGCCCAGCCUGAACAUAGGAGACUUAGACCCAAACCUCCUGCACACGGACACCUCCCUCCAAAAACGCUACACAACAAUCUCAAUCCCGUCAACUUACGGCCGAAUAAACUCAAGCCCCGCUGCCGGCACGGUGGUGGGCAUCAUACUCGGCAGUGUAGCAGGCUUCGUACUGCUAAUGUACAUACUCUUCCUGGCCGUGAACCCAGGAGGCAUCGCGCGGGGCGGGGUGGCAGCGCCAACCUCAUCAUCGAUCUCAAUGUCGAUGUCGAUGUCGAUGGACGACGAAGAGAUCGUGGAGGUGCGCAGUCGACGCGGAUCAGCGGUUGGACGGCGACGACGCGACGUCAUCGAGGUCGAGGAGGAGAGAGAGAAUUACCGUGAUAGUUACCGGCGUCAGCCGUCGUCGAGGCAUGAUCUCGUCGUUGUCGAGGAAUCUUUGGCUACUUCUACGACUGGGGAUGCGGACGCGGAUGUUAUUGAGGUCGAGGAGGAGGAGUCUACUGUGCCGUCUGAUGUUUCGCCGCGUCCGCCGCGGAGAUCGAGGAGGGGUGGGGUCAGGCAUGUUGACCCCCUUGCUUAUGGUGGAGGUAGUGAUUACAGUAGUCAUCGGUGA